AUGCUCCUUGGUCUUUCUAACAACAGUUUGGUGGGAACAAUUCCUACUAGUUUAGGAAAUUGCACUUCUCUCAUCUUUUUGAACCUUGGAGGAAAUAAACUUAGUGGAGAAAUUCCAAAUGAACUAGAGGGUGCUGAACGUUUGAGCUAUCUUGACCUUACUAGCAACCAGUUUAAUGGAUCUUUUCCAUCUUUCAUUCGGAAACUUCAGAUUUUGGGAAUUCUUAAGCUGGGAUGUAAUAGAUUUGGAGGAAGGAUACCUGAAUACAUUGGAGAUCUCCAAUACCUCCACAUUCUGGAUGGAAACAUUCUUGGUUAUGUCAUCUCAUCCAUGUAUACAGGGGUAGAGCUAGACAUGGUGAGCAAAGGAUUAUUGCAACAACGCGAGGUCGUGCGCACGUAUAUCAGUGGCAUAGAUCUCUCAGGCAACUCUCUUAUAGGAAACAUUCCAUCAGAAAUAGGCAUUUUAAAAGGACUCUAUAUGCUCAAUCUAUCACACAAUCAGCUUUCUGGUGAAAUCCCAAAGACCAUUGGUAAUAUGUCAAGUUUGGAGUCACUAGACCUCAGUUUCAACAACUCUAGUUGGGAGAUUCCUGGAGCAAUCACAUUGCUGGACUAUCUCUCAACUUUUAACUUGUCUUACAACAAUUUGGCGACAGAAUUCCAAUAG